GAAAAUCUUAAUUAUUUCUAAAUUACAAUGUAGAACUAUUGCAAUAUGAAAUAUAUUACACAUAUUCAGCAUGGUGACAUGUUAAAUAAAGAACCAAACGGUAUCGAAAUCAUUAUAAAAUUACGAAUAAUUGCACUGAAAGCAAAGUUAUGCCUGUAAUAAGAAAGAAAGAGAACGCUCGAGACAGAAGAGGAUACAGCGAGAAGAAGAGGAACCGAGAAAGAAACAGACAGGAAGACCUCCUCAGUCCCCACUCGUCGCCUUAGCUGCUCGAACGUCGAGUCUCCACGACGCACGCCGAAUCAGCCGAAUGCCGAGGAGUGGGGAGAGUGGAUCUGUUCCUUCUGGCAACCGUGUGCUGCAAAUCGGCGCUUCAACGGCAUCACCGCCGUUGUAAGGGUGACCCACCCUUAGAGAGAGACGCUCUUACUUUGGCACACCAUGUCUACUCUCACCACGGUGUGGCUGCAAAUCAGCGCCUCAAUGGCAACUCUGUCAGCGAGGUAUAAAAGGCGGAUACUAGCGUUUAAUGCUAGAUAUAAAGUAAAUUUUUCGGAAUUCGGAGCAUACGAGUUCCGCGGCCAAUUUCUUAUUGAACAGUUUUGUUGCUCAACGAGCAAUUUUGCGACCAUUCAACGUGCCCUAGGAUCAAGUACUGACAAACAAAUUUUGUGAGUUUCUAAAGAGAAAUACUGCGGAGGGGAUAUAUUAGCUUAUAAAAAUAGGAGGAAGGAAAUUUAAACUCUUCAGAUAAAUUUUAUCAAACUUCUUCAAUAGUCGCGCGUGUCCUGAUUGCUAUAUAAGAUAUUCAAGAACUAAUUACUCAAACAUGCAGACCAAGAUCCUAAGUCUCCUUCACGUUCUCAGUAUCGGUGCCAUUAUCAAUCCGUUACAUGGGUAUCAGAAUCAAAGCAGGCAUUAUAGCAACAGUAAUACGGAAUGGACGUUAACAAACUUACUAGAAUUAGGUGUUGGAGCAGUGAACUUUCUCAAACAGAAUCAACAUUAUAUUGAACAGGAAGUACCGAACACGACACCACAAUCCGGAAAUACAUAUGACUUUAUAAUAAUCGGUGCUGGUACUGCCGGCGCAAUCUUAGCCGCAAGAUUGAGCGAGAGUUCCCAAUUCAAGGUACUACUGAUCGAAGCUAGUAUCGACGAGAACUUUAUGGAUAUUCCAGUACUCGCUGCUGUCCUACAGGCGAUUAAUACCAUUAAUUGGAAUUACCAAACCAAACCGUCCAACAAGUAUUGUCGCGGCAUGAAAUAUAAUAGUUGCCCUUAUCCGAGAGGAAAAGUAGUUGGUGGCAGUAGUGUGUUAAACUUCAUGAUAGCUAGUAGAGGUAGUGCCAAAGAUUACGAUCGAUGGGCCGAGUUGGGCAAUGAAGGUUGGGCAUACAAGGACGUUCUUAAAUAUUUUAAAAAACUGGAAACAUUUGAUAUUCAAGAGCUGGAGGCAAAUAAUACCUAUCAUGGUACCGAAGGACCAGUACAUAUCACUUCCCCGAGAUUUCGUACACCAUUGGCAGAAGCUUUUCUAAAAGCAAGCACGGAGAUGGGAUAUCCGCUAACAGAUUACAACGGGAAAAACGAAACAGGUUUCUCAUAUUUACAGACAACGAUUAUGAACGGCAUCCGCAUGAGUAGCAAUACGGCAUACUUGCAUCCAGUACACGAUCGCAAUAAUCUUUAUAUGACUCUUCAGAGCACGGUGACAAAAAUACUGAUUGACCGUAUCACAAAUCGAGCAAAAGGCGCACAGUUCAUCAAGCAUGGUAAAACUAUAAGUGUGUUUGCGAAAAAAGAAGUGAUUCUAUGCGCAGGUGCUAUCGAAUCACCGCAAUUGUUGAUGCUGUCAGGUAUUGGACCAGCGAAACAUCUUACUAAACUGGGCAUAGACGUAGUAAAAGACGCGCCAGUCGGCGAGAAUCUUAUGGAUCAUGCUGCCUUUUUUGGAUUAACGUGGACAAUAAACGCACCGUUAAAUUUAAUCCUAUACGAUGCUUUCAAUCCCUUUAAAAAUCCAUUUGUUUCGGAAUAUUUAAACAAACAAACGGGACCAUUAACGAUGUCAGGCGGAUGCGAGGCCCUUGGUUUCAUUAAUACAAAACAAUCAGAAAGAGAUAAAGGUUUACCGGAUAUCGAACUAUUGUUUAACGCCGUUACAAUAAAAGAUUUUUUUCUUCCAAAAAUUUUACUUAAUCUUAAAGACUCAAUAUUUCAACAAUGGUCCAAGUACCAAAACAGUUACGGUUGGAACGUUCUAGUAAUAUUGUUAAAACCAAAAAGCCGUGGAAGAAUAACAUUAUUAGCUAAUGUUAAUGUUAAACCAGAAAUUGUGCCAAAUCUUUUUGACGACCCAGACGACGUAAAAACCAUGAUCGCGGGUAUUAGAACUGCGAUACGCCUUGGUCAAACAAAAGCAAUGCAGACGUUUGACUCUCAAUUGAUAAAUAUUACGUAUACAGAAUGUAAUAAGUACAAAUAUGAUUCUGAUAUUUAUUGGGAAUGUGUAAUAAGGAUAAUAACUGCCACGCUUUAUCAUCCUUGCGGCACUUGUAAAAUGGGACCUAUUGGAGACCCAACUGCUGUCGUCGACCCCAGAUUAAAGGUAAUCGGUGUUCAAAGUUUACGAGUGGUAGAUGCCUCUAUUAUGCCCGAAAUUAUAUCGGGCCACACAAAUAUUCCUGUAUAUAUGAUUGCCGAAAAAGCAGCAGAUAUGAUUAAAGAAAAAUGGAAUCUCUUGGUGAAAUCACGAACAUAAUAUACUUUCAUGAAAUAACUAUGCGCAUAUGUGUGUAUGAAAGAUAAAUAUUCAAACAAAAAAAUAUUCAUUCUGCUGUUAUUGAUUCAAAUUAAAAAAUUUAAAGAUUAAUAAAAUCUUAAAAUACAUGUAAUAUAAUAAUACAAAUACAUGUUUAUUGUCUUAAAUAGCUUUCGGAAUAAAUGAUAAAGGAUGUUAAAGAAAAACCACAUACAGUCACAUGAAAACAACUUAAAUGAUAAUACGUAAGAAAGGAAAUUUUAAAAUCUAAUUAAACUUUCAAUUGAAUUGAUUCUUUUGCUGUCUUAUUAUAUUUACUUCAUAAUUUCAUAAUUAUCUCGAGCACUAUAAUAAAAAAAUUUAGCGGCGGUCUCCCAGUUCUCAAUGUGGUAACAAUGUAUAUAAAUGGUAAUAAUGUAUAUAAAAAAUAAAUAUAUCUAAAAAUUAAUUAUGAACUUUUAACACUUCUAACUUUUAUAAAAUAAAUGACUUUUAUACAUGUAAAGUAAUAGCCUUCUUUGAAAUUUUAUUAAUCAUUUCAUUAAGAAUAAAUAAUUUUUAUAAAUAAUUCACGUUUAUUGAUCAAAAUAGAGGAUGCUAAUUUAAAAUAAUAUAGUAUACUAAUUAAUAUUGCAAUAUAAGAACUGUAUAUUAAUCAAAGAAGAUUAAAAAUAUAAUAAUUAUGUAUUUAUAUGUGUGAAUGUAACAUGUAUUAAUUUUGUAUUAUACAUUGUUGUAUCUGUUUUGUUAGCUAUCAAAACAUAUUUUUAGAAAAUAUACUAUUAAAAAAAUUUACUAUAAAUGUUAAUAAAAAAAAUUUUUCAGUAA